AUGGCGCCUAAACCCCCUUCAGGCGGAAAAGGCUCCAAGAGCACCGCCCGCGCCCGCAAAUCCGCCACGGCAGGCCCCUCGUCUUCUUCCAGAUCCAAGGUCUCCAAACGUCCGCCGUCGAAGCAGGUCAAAACGAAGCCCGGCGUGCAUUCUCAGACCCAGAAAGGCGCUGGUACCGCCAAGGCCUCGAAACGCAAGCAGAGGACGUACACGGAGGAAGAGCUCAAGCUGCCGACGUUGAACAUGAUCACCCCGGUGGGCGUACAGAAACCGCGCGGUAAGAAGAAGGGGAAAGUCUUUGUGGACGACAAGGAGAGCAUGAUGACCAUCUUGGCGCUGGUGAAUGCCGAGAAGGAAGGGCAGAUUGAGAGUAAGAUGAUCAAGGCGAGGCAGUUGGAGGAGAUCCGAGAGGCCAGGCGCAAGGAGAUGGAAAAGAAGAAGGAGAAAAAACAGGCCGAACUGGAGGAGGUCAAGAAGGAUCUGAAGAAGGGAAAGAAGAGGAGGGAUGCGCCACAAGAGAAACCCGCGGAUGGCGACAGGCAGAACGGCGACGGUCGGAAGAAUGGGAAACCCAAGAAGAGAGUCUCGUUUGCCUGA